AAUGCCCCACGCCCCAAAAAACACUUCCUGGUUACUCGCUCGGUUUUGUUUUUGUCUGUCAACUGUGUUGCGUGUAAAAUGCGGCGCUCAAUUCUCAAAGAUAUGGUGAAGAAGUAAGUGCUGUGCGAAAGAAAGGAAGGCAGAAUGGAGGAUUUCAGGCAGACAUACUUACGCCUCUGUAAGGAAAGAGGUGUUGAGCCCCAAGAGAGUGUCGUGGUGAAACUACAAGAAUGCAGGUCUCCCCGUCUGGAUGUGAGUGGGCUGAGUCUGUCCGCAGAUACCUGCACACUCCUCGGCCGUGCUUUUCAAAAAGACACUUUCUUUUCAGAGGUGUCACUUAGUGACUGCAUGGUUGGUGACGAAGGUGCAAAAGUUUUCCUGACCGGUCUUUUUUACAAUACAACCCUAAAAGUCUUGGAUCUCAAGGGAAAUAACCUGAAAUCAUCAGGGGCUGAAGCAUUGGGAAAGUUGUUGGCACGUAACAAUUCCCUUACUCGGUUAGUGCUGGACUGGAAUGCGCUCGGAGUGUGGGAUGAAGCUUUUGCUAUCUUUUGCGAGGGUCUGGGCUCCAACAGUGUGCUGACGCAUCUUGACCUGCGUAACAAUCAGAUCAACCAUCAUGGAAUGUUAGCACUUGCUCAGACACUUAAACGCAACAGCAGCCUGAAAGUACUUGAUCUGAGGUGGAACAACAUUGGGCUCCUGGGCGGCAGGUGUCUUCUGGAAGCUCUGCAGAGCAACCACGGUGUUGAGCAAUUGGAGCUGGCUGGAAACAACAUACCCAGCGACACACUCAAAGCACUCGAGCAUGUUGUGGGACGCAACACGGAUCGACAAUCCACCUUGAGAGAAAGCCACAGCAGAACCCAGGUCCUCAGCAAGGAGAUUCAGAACCUGAAGCAGGAAAAGGGACGUCAGUUCCAAAACUUGAUGGUGACCAUCGACAGGCAAAGAGAGGAGAUGGGACAGUCAAACCGAUCCAGUUCCAUACAAAUCGGUCAACUCCAGGAAGCGUUAAAUGAGAGGAAGUCAGCUGUAAAUUCUCUCACUGCCAAAUUGCAGAUGACAGAGGCUGCCCUUGCACUCUCGGAGCAGAAAAAUCACAGCCUGGCUGAGCUGAUAGCAAGAUUGAAGGUUGAGAAAGAGCAACUCAUGGAGACACAGAGCCGAGAGAAGAAAAAAGCACACGAGGACAGUGCUUCCAGGGAAGGAAAGCUUCUCAGAGACAUCCAAAACUUGAUCGACACCAAUGUCCAACUAAAAAAUAAGACGGAGGAGAUGGAGCGCAAAUGCAAAUCCCAGCAGCAGCAGCUUUUUGAGCUAAAGCAGGGACUGACCAACAGCACAGCUGAGCUGAAGCUCAAGCUAGCACAGGCAGAAGACCGCCUGGAAAUCGAGAAGCGAAGGUUCAAGCAAGGCCUGGAAGACAUGGAUCAUCUACGACAAAGAGAGGUUGAACAUGUAAAUCGGCAUCGAGAUGAAAGUGAGAAAGCCCUGCAGGAGCGCAUCUACAAACUGGAGGGACAACGACUUCAACUUGAAGAGGACUUGAGUAAGGCGAAAGCAGCAUGUGUGGCCGAGAGAUCCCAGGCAGAGGAGGAACUGAGCAAAGCUCGCGUUCAAGCGCGCCAGGAAGAGCAGGAACACGUGUCAUCAUUGGAGGAGAAGCUUCGCUCAGUGCGUACCUCCCUGCAGGAGGUCCAGCUGCACUUUUCCCAACAGAAACAGAUAAUCUCCGAGCAGCAGGCCAAGAACAGUCAACAGACCAUUGAGACAGACUGCCUGCGUCGCAGAAUAGAGGAGCUCCAGCAGGAACUUUCCGGCAAGGACCAAGAAAAGGUGACUGAGGUGAGUCGAGUCAGGUUGGAGCUACAGGAGCAGAUUGGACACUUGGAGGCCGAGAGGAUCGCACAAGGAGGAAUGAAAGAGAAGAUCAAUGCCCUUGAGCGAGAGAUUAAAGUACUGAGUAGUAACCACCGAGAGGCGCUGCUCGACAAAGACAGCGAGAUGUCUUCUCUGCUGGAGAAGCUCCGACUUAAAGAGGCAGAGAUCAAGAGGAUGAGGGACGAUGAAGCCCAAAGAGCGACAUAUCUACAGAAUGCCAUCCUCACUUAUGUCCAAGGCUCCCCUCUGGCACAGUACAGCAGCUCCAAAAAAUGACUCGAUGACCUCAAACUAAAAUUCUGAGCCUCUAUUGACAAGUGCUAAAUGUUUUGUAUUUCAUCUUUAGAAACC